CGGAAGACGCAUUUACACAUAACCACGCAUGCGUUAUUCGGGUUGGGCGACGGGCGCGCCGUGCCAUGUUCACGCGGGAGGCAGAGGCCCCACCGCACCUCUCGCAGACCCCUGCCAUUCAGUCCCGCUCGCAAGGGGCCGCGCGCACGCACCAUGCCCGAGCACUCGCCCGAGGGUACCCGGACAGUCGCGCCCGCAGACUCGGCUGUCCCGGAGCGUGACUACGCCGGGGCGCGCGCGCAUGGGGGGAGAGGUCUUUGCGCCAAGGGUCCAGCGAAGACGGCCACGACUCUGUUUCAGUCGGGGUGCGCGAGCUGCGAGGAGGUCUUUGGGCGGCGAUAGCAUCGAUCUUCUAGCGGGAAGGGGCCACGGCUAAGAAAAAAAAAGGGGGGGCGAAUCGUUGCCAACCGUGGUUAGAACAAGGCAAGCAUGUUUCAGGCUGAGUCUGCAGACCCGAUGAGGGGGACGGGAGGACGAGACAGAGUCCCACCUUGCAGCGUAUGACGAGGAUGCCACCGCGCAGAGCGCUCAGCCCUGCUGUAUCACAGGCAAGGGUGCCGUCGCGCCUGUUACCAGUACUUACAAACCUUGU